UAACACAGGAAACUUGCUCUUACAGGACCGUAUAUGAAGAACAAAUGUGCCAGAGGAUCAGAGCUGAGAAUCAUUCUGGUGGGCAAAUCAGGAACCGGCAAAAGUGCCACUGGGAACAGCAUCCUUGGGAAGAAAGCAUUUGGGUCACAGCUGACUGCCCAGCCGUUUACUAAGACUUGCAGUGAAAGUCAGGGAAGCUGGGGAGAGAGAGAGAUAGUCAUUAUUGACACACCGGAUAUGUUUUCUGGGGAAGACCAUUCCGAUUCCCUGUGCAAAGAGGUGCAGAGGUGCUACUUACUCUCUGCCCCAGGACCCCACGUGCUGCUCCUGGUGACCCAGCUGGGCCGAUUCACCACCCAGGAUGAGCAGGCUGUGCAGAGGAUGAAGGAGAUCUUUGGAGAAGGUGCCAUGAGUCACACAAUUGUCCUCUUCACCCACAAGGAAGACCUCGAGGGAGAAUCCUUGACGGGUUACAUCCAGGACACAGAUAACACAGCCCUAUGCAAGCUGGUGGCAGCAUGUGGGGGGCGAGUGUGUGCCUUUGACAACCGUGCUACAGGGAGCGAUCGGGAUGGCCAAGUGAAGGAGCUAGUGGACCUGAUGGAAGACCUGGUGUUGGAGAGAAGCGGUGACCACUACACCAAUGGGCUCUACAGCCUGGUAACAGCGUCAGAGUGUGGACCUGUGUGCGAGGAGGAAAGUUUCAAGGAUUUCAAAAGAGCUCUUAGGAAGUACAUGGAAAAUCAGAGACGUU